GUUUUAACUGCCGAAAUCAUAGUACAACCUGUUGUCUUCUCCUCAAUCCUUCUCCAUAGCUCUCUCUCUCGUUGCAUCUCUCCCUUAAAAUCACUCCUUCUUCCCCUGUUUUCCCCUUUUUCAUUUUCAUGAACCAUUGCAAAUUAUUCACAUAUAUCAGGUCUUUUCAUCCCCUGAUUUGGAUAUCCCAUUUUUAGGUCAUUUCCCAUUUGCAUUAUUCUGCAUCUUUGCCAAAAUAGGGUUUCAAUCUUUCCAUUAAUAUCCUCCUCCACUGUGACUGUCUCACACUUCUCUUUCUUUUAUCCUUUUCUUAUUAAUUUGCCGAUUCGUACGUUUGAUCCCUUGUUUGUGGAAAUACAGGAUUAUCGCUUGAUUUUUUGUAUCUGCAAUUUGCACUUGUUCGUGCGAUUUCUUAUUAAGGUGUAUAGAAGUGUGGUUGUGAACUUGAAGGAUGGGAAGGGUAAAGCUCAAGAUACAGAGAUUGGAGACUCUGAACAGCCGGCAGGUUACGUAUGGAAAACGAAGGGCUGGAAUCUUGAAAAAGGCCCAAGAAAUUUCUGUUUUAUGUGACAUUCCCAUUGUACUUAUCAUGUUUUCUCCAUCUGGGAAGCCAUCUAUAUUCUGCGGUCAACGAAGCGACAUUGAUGAAAUGAUAGCAAAAUAUGCUCAACUUACACCAAAAGAAAGGGCAAAGAGGAGGUUGGAGAGUCUUGAAACUUUAAAAAGAAACUUCAAGAAGCUUGACCAAGAUGUUGAUAUAGAGGAGUUUCUUGAUGCAAGUACUCCAUCAAUUGAGGAAAUGCAAAACCGAGUCACGACUCUUCAAGCUCAACUUGCUGAAGUACAUGAAAGAAUAAGAUGGUGGAGUAAUCCCGACACUAUUGAAGAUAUUGAACACCUAGAUCAGAUGGAAAAUUCUCUCCGCGAAUCGCUGAAUAGGACCCACAUAACCAAGGAAAAGAUUUUUAAGGAACCGCUUAUUCAGUUUGACUGCACAAGCCAGGUGUGUGGAGACUUUGGUAGAGUUUAUGAGCAAGAACUUCCCAAACCACAGUUUGCAAACAGCAUGCAAUUUCCCUUAGCUACAAGCAGUGAUCAGGACUGUGUAAACCAGUCAUGGCUUCCCGGUGGAGAGGGUCAGCAUAUGAUGCUAUCGGGCGAACCCCAGUUCCUGGGUAGUCGAGAUAUGGAAUGCUCGGAUUACUUCCCCAAUGUGAUAGAACAGGAUCUUGAAAAUUCAAGAGAGAUGAAAAAUGAAAGAAGACUAGACUUGCUGUCCGUUGAUGAUUACUCUUAUUCUGCUCACAUGAAACCGCCUCUUGGCGAUCAAUAUCCCUAUAAUUCGUUUGGAAAUUUAAGUUUUCCUGACUUGAUGGAACCCGGAAAAGAUGUAAAUUUUCAACUGAGUAGCUUGGGUUACCAGAUAAACAGGAAUUUUGACCUUCCACAUAGUUUGGUUCCUAACGCUGGUCCGUGUGCCAUUUCCAUGCUAGACGAUAACUCUUAUCCUCCGCCUCCAGACUGCUCCAGCAAUUGAAACGAAGUCUGGUUCGUACACAGCUUGCUCGAGUUUACUGGAGUUGAGACAAUGCACGUAGCUAAGUUUGUUAUAACCCUCUCGUGCAAGCAAAGAAGAUUAUUAACAAGUUGGUUC